AUGAAUGCGGUCAUCCCGUUCAGCGGCGAGGGACGGAAACUAACCAAUGAUACUCGCUGUAAACUCCGGGCCCCGGUCGCCGAGUUGAUCGCCAAGGUUUUCAACGAGGACUUUUUGCGGGACCGCAUGAAGGAAUUGAGGAUAGACCCAGACAAAAUUAACGGCACUCACACGAUCAUGGGGCGCAUUGAGCGGGCGUUUGAGGUGCUGGACCUGAUUCGGGAUGCAGUGAUCCAGGAACAAACCAAGGAACGCCGAGCCAUUUUGGCGAAGAGCAUGGCGGCUUUCUAUGAACUUAUACCGCAUCACGAUCCGGUUGAGUUGAACACGGAAGAGUUAGUUGAGAAAAAGAUCGAACAACUCGGCGAGCUGAUCGAACUCGUCGAAAUUGAGAAAAUGAAGCAAAUGCAUGGAAUAUCCGGGCCGCGCCAUGUUCUCGACCAGCUCUACGAUCACAUCAAGUGUGAAAUUGUGCCGCUCGAUCGGGAGUGCAGCGACUUCAAGAUGAUCGAGCGAUAUAUGGAUUCGGGAAUUCACUGUAAUUACAACCUCGUGCAUAACUACGAGAUUGCUGAGGUAUUCUCCCUACGCCGCCUCAGCGAGGAUAUCUCAUUCCGAAAAGAUCUCCCAAACCGUACGUUACUCUGGCAUGGCUCUCCGACUGGCCAAGCGUUCGGGCGCGGCAUCUACUUCUCGGACAACUUCAACGUGUCGUUACACUACUGCCGCGCGUUGUAUGAGCAAGAGGCGUUGAUUUUGCUGUGCGAGGUGGCGCUGGGAGAGUGUCGUGAAGGGUUCCGUUCGGGCAACCUCAGCAACGGCAAUAAUUGGAACUCGACGUGCGUGCGACGCAGCCCGAUGAGCGGCGCCCUGGACAUUGGCACUGAUCCCGAGCAUAUACAGCAUCCGGACGGCUAUGUUGUGCCGCUGGGCCAGCCAUAUCCAGUGAAGCAGAUUCGCCAGAAUUACUUCAUCAUCCCAAAGACGGACCAGGCCCGACUGCGCUUCGUGGUGAAGCGUGUUAGCCCAUUUGAGGUCCGCCACGUGCUGUUUCCGAACGACAUUUGCUGCCUGUUCAUCUACCGCGUGGUUGUUGCCUACUUGCCAAAGGAACGGCGUCCCCAACUCCCUCUUGACAAAAACUUUGCCUUCCCACCCAACCAUGCCCUCCAUCGGCAAUUCAUCCUGAAAAUCGAAAAAGAAGCGGUGUGCCGCCGGGAUUUGUCUAGGUGGGCGGCGGGCCAGAUUUUGCUGCUCACAAGCUCGCGCGGCGGA